AUGUCAACAAGAAGUAGGAGGUUGAAAUGGCACCCAACCCCACCACCACCUAGCCCCAAAAUCAUUAAUUUACCUACGAGACAUGGUACUCGCCGGAAAAAAACCAGACCCACCGUCGCUAAGCAACCCACCGCCACUUCAGGGACGAUACAGACGUAUAACUACAAGGGAAAGCUCGAGAGCUUGUUUGGUGUGGAGAGAGAGUUCACACGUGCUCCGGUUGUGCUGUUGAAUUCUGGCGAGAGAAGAGAGAGGGUGGGAUCGGAGGAGGAGGUGGAUGGUGGCGGUGGUGAGUUGGCGGAGGAGAAGUGGAGGUUUCAGGCGGAGAUAUUGCGGGCAGAGUGUAAUUUCUUGAGAAUGGAAAGGAAGUUUGCGUUGAAGAAGUUGGAGAAGAAUAGAGUUCGAAUCGAAAGAACUCUCAAAUCUGCUUUAGAAAAUCUUGCUUCAGGAAGAAAGAAGCUUUGUGAAGGGAAGAAUAUGGAAUUGGUGUUGGCGGAAGAAAUGAAAGAAUUAGCAGAGAAACUAGAGGAUUUGCAGAGUAGCUAUAAUGGAAGUGAAGAUCGCGAGCUUCGAAAAUGCAAGAAUUUUGAUAAAAAAGCGUCACGAUUACAGCGAAGAUUGGAGAAACUUGGAGGGUUAACAGAUGAUGAAUGCAAAAAGGAGAUCAAGAAUGAAGCAAGAAUCAAUGAAGAUAUCUCCAUUUUGGAUUACAGAAAUCAAACCAAGUCCACUGAUGUGGAGAUGCUGGAAAGGAAAAUGGAGGGGUUAUCGAAGGGAAUGAUCGAUCGGAUGGAGAAGGAGUAUGGGUCGAUUCUAAACGCUUCGGUUGCUAGUUCUGCUUCUACUUCAAAGCGAAUCGAUGUCUCAGAUCAAUUUACUUUCUCUAACAGAUAUUCUAAUCAAACAAAGGAACCAUUAACAUCGCACGAUAACAGCAACAAAUGUUCGGGUCGGUGCAAGGUGUUGGUGAGGAGAAUAGUUGAGCAAGUGAGAGCAGAGACAGAGCAAUGGUCUCAAAUGCAAGAGAUGCUUGGACAAUUGAGACAAGAGAUGGAAGAACUUCAAACUUCAAAAGACUUUUGGGAAACUCAAGCUCUUGCUUCCGCUAAUGAAAUCCGAUCCCUCGAAUGCUCUGUUGAAGAAUGGAGAGGGAAGGCUAUCGAAUAUGAAACGAAGGCCAACAAGCUCCAAACCGAGGGGGAUCUGUUAAAGGAUGAGCUUGAGAAGUUGAAGGAAGAUCAAGCAAAGGAAGUCGCUUUGACGCCCAAAAAGACGAUGCUUUCUUUAAGUAAACAAAUUGAAAGGGAGACAAAGAGCGGGUUAAGCUGUCGAAUGAAGGGAAAUUGCGAGAAAGUUGAAGAAGGUAAAAAAGAUUCGCAACCGUUGUCUUUGGCGAAACAACUAGCAAGGGAGAAGCGGAUACUGAUAUCUCGAUUGAAGGAAAACCGGGGGAGCAAUAACGAAGGAUUGAGAAAAGGGUAUAAUCUGGUGAGAUCUCCGUUUAAAGAUAUCGGGAAUUCUUCGUCAUCAUCGGCAAGUCUGGUGAGGCAGAAUAGCAAUGCAAUUUUCCCAUUGCAUUACCUUGAGCCAGCAAGAAUGGAGGAUAGCUUUUGGAAAUGAAAAAUGGUUUUGUUUUCUAUUUUAGGCUAAUAAUGGAGUUUGUAAACCAGCUAAAGUUAAGUAGUUGUAAACCUGCAACUCAUGAAACUUUAUCCCCUUCUAAUUGAAUGCAUCCAUUAAUGGUGGA